AGAUCGGUGUUCGUUUACCUCUCGCUCUCGUGACCUCGUCCCUUCUCUCUCUCUCUCUCUCUCUCUCUCUCUCUAAACUGAGUUGAAGUCUUGAAGAGGAGGAAGGAAAAGAUCUUUCCCCCUUGACGAAUUGUGUCUGGUAAUCUGGUUCCGUGAUGGCGGGAGCAUCAAGUUCUUGGUCACGGGCAUUGAUGCAUAUCUCGCCUUACACCUUCUCGGCCGUUGGAAUCGCGAUUGCCAUCGGUGUUUCUGUGCUGGGUGCUGCCUGUGUAAUCUUCUGUGAGGCUGUUGCUAUAUAUGGUGUUAUUGUGGCAAUCAUCUUACAAACAAAGCUAGAGAGUGUGCCAGCUUCCAUGAUGUAUGAACCAGAUGCACUUCGAGCUGGAUAUGCAAUCUUUGCCUCGGGUAUCAUUGUUGGUUUUGCAAACCUAGUGUGCGGAAUCUGUGUAGGAAUAAUUGGUAGCAGCUGUGCAUUGUCUGAUGCCCAAAACUCCUCACUUUUUGUAAAGAUUCUGGUAAUUGAGAUCUUCGGUAGUGCACUUGGGUUGUUUGGAGUGAUUGUAGGAAUAAUCAUGUCAGGUCAAAUUACAUGGCCAACAAAAGCAGCAUGAAUGGCCAUCAAUUGUGUUACAAAGAUGGUGCUUACAGAUCACUAUUGUUUCUAUUUGUAUCCGGGUUGACUCUGCUCUACCAUGUGGUUGUGGUUGUGGUUGAUCUGUCACUAGUACAGUAUAUAAAUACCAGGUGGGGCUCAGGGAAUUAUCAUUUAUUCUUUUGGAAAUGGAGCGACAUUUGUGUCACUUUAUUUAGCCUUUCUGAAUUCUGGAUUCUCAAGUUGUGUUGAUUUCAAGUACCCAACUACCCUUGACAUCUUCAUCGGACAACCAACUGCUAAGUUGUGUUCUAGUUUUGAUUAUGGGUUCUGUAUAAUGCACAAUGUUAAAUUUGGACUUCUCAGUGGAUUGAAAAGCUUCCCAAAAUACUAA